CGGAACUUUUUCGUGCGCAGAAACAGAGAUACCUUCGACGCGGCGUCAUGUUCGCUUCUAUAAUUUUGUGAGAAAUGUAUUGAGUCGUGAGACAAGUACCAUCAUAACAAAUGGAAACCGAUUAAUCGAUCGUGUUUAACAUUACAGAGAAUAGUAUGUAUAAAGAAGUUCACUAUCAGGAAAUUAAACACGAGUGCUCGCGAUCGGGAGGACUCCACGCUUAUCCCGAUCACUUCAGGGAACCGUAUCUUUAAAACCACCGUUCAUGAACAUCUGAAGGUUCCUGUCGUCCUCUGGAGGACCUUGUAUAUAGUGUACAUAGUAUCUUUUGUCUGUAACGAAAACGAAAGGAGUUUUCUGCUGGAGGAAGACGAGCAAGCUUGCGGUAUCUUGUCACGCGAGGGAAAAGUUAUCCAAGAAUCUUGCACCGUCCUACACGUACCGUGCACCUUUUAACUUACACACAUCAGCGAUAAUAAAAGGGAGAGAAAGAAAAAAAUCGAAAGCAUCAUGAAGCAAGGAACGUCGGAAGAUUUUUCACUUGGCUUGAAGUUAUUUACCGCCGGCACGGCGGCCUGCAUCGCCGAUUUAGCUACCUUUCCGUUGGAUACCGCCAAAGUCAGAAUGCAGAUUGCGGGGGCAGGACAAGCUUUAUUGCUGGCGUCAGCGGAAGGUCCGGUUUUUGCAGUAAGAGCGAGCCAGCCGGGAUUGUUCCAGACCAUCGGGAACCUCGUUAGAUUCGAAGGCGUAAGGAGCCUGUACGGAGGUCUGUCCGCGGGACUCCAGAGACAGAUGUGUUUCGCCAGCAUACGAUUGGGCCUCUACGACAGCGUGAAGUCACUCUACGCUGGAUUCUUCGACGCAGGUAAUAGUAGAAGCUGCACAUCGAUAGACAUUGGCGUGCGGAUUGCUGCAGGAAUCACAACGGGUGCUUUGGCGGUGCUGCUGGCUCAGCCGACCGACGUUGUUAAGGUCCGCUUGCAAGCUGGAAAUAAUGGGCGAUCGACGGUGAGGUAUACCUCCACUCUGCAGGCUUAUAAGAAUAUCGCUAGCGUGGAAGGCGCGAGAGGCCUUUGGAAAGGAACCAUGCCGAACAUCUCGCGGAACGCUAUCGUGAAUGUGGCGGAGAUAGUCUGUUACGAUGUCAUCAAGGAUCUCAUUCUGGUCAGCGGCUAUCUCCACGACGGGAUACCGUGUCACUUGACGGCCGCAACGGCCGCGGGACUUUGCACCACUCUGGCAGCGAGUCCUGUGGAUGUAGUGAAGACGCGUUACAUGAACAGCGCAGCCGGCGAGUACAAGGGCGCGAUAGACUGUGCCAUCAGGACCUUCGUCCAGGAGGGCCCAUCCGCAUUCUACAAGGGUUUCGUGCCGAGUUUCUCGCGCCUAGUUUCCUGGAAUAUCGUACUCUGGGUGACAUACGAACAAAUGAAACUGCAGCUGAAGAAAUGGCAUGGCAUCGAAUAAAGAUCUUUUUGUUCGCCGAUUAUUUUUUGCAAGUCGGAGUGAAAAAUCAAUGUAAUCCUAUAAUAUUGAGUUAUUUUAUCGAAAUUCACAUGUUCAAUAGAGAAUUAGCGGUUACUUAGAUGAAAUGUGCGUAAAUGUAGAUAAAUCGGAAAUUCUUAUUCCGCCAGCAAGUACGUGUUAAUCUUAAGAUAUGAUUAUGGCUGAUGAUGAUGGAAAAUAUUCUCAUACUGUUUCUUUAGUCUUUACAUUUUUUAUAUGUAAUUGUAUUAUCGUUGAAUUAGUCAAUAUUUAAUUGGUCGUUAAUCAAAUUCUAAAACAAAAAUUAUUUAUAUCUUUAAAUGAUAGCAAUAGAGCUAUAAUUUCAUAUUGAUUUACUGAUGCGACUUUUACUUAUAAAUGUGCACAAGUAUUUAGAAGACAGUGGAGAUUUCUUAGUUUGUAUGCAACCAAGUUUGGCUAAGCAUCAGUUUUAUAGACUUAUAAUAAAGCAAUUAGGCCUUUUCAGCGAGGUAGAAAUGAUGAUUACAUGGGCAUCAUUAAUGAAACAGACAAUAAUGUUAUAAAAGAUCGUUGCGAUCUUUGCUUAAAAUAGCUAGAGUCUCACAAAGAAUUUGCAAUUAUAACGAAUCCUAUUUUCAAUGCUUUAAUUAAUUAAUUCACAUACGUAGCGCGCAAUUUUUUGCAUGUACAAUAUAAUCUCGAUUCAGUCAAUUAAUAUUAUACAGGGCACAAUUUUUAUUGUAGUUUUAUCGACGAAACAUUGCCAUUAAAUAAUUUAAUCUGCGAGCGAAACAUUAAAAAAAAAUCCUCUAUUAUCAAAUUUUACAUACUUUAUUAAAUCGUUAUUUGUAAUAAAAUACAUUCAUUCCCAACUUUUAUAAGACGACAAUAUCAAAAUGUCGUUUUGUAAUAUAUUUGCUCUUUGCAAUGUAUCGCCGAUUUCUGAUGACGAUGACCGUGUUCGAUCUUAAAAUGACAUAUAUAAGUAUACUAUAUGAGCAUUACAUGACUGAUUAUGCUUAAUUACAAGGUGUAUUCUUAUAUCAAAAAUUUUCUAAUUUGCUUGAGAAAUAAUUAAAAAAGAAAAUGCUUCAGAUAGAGAAAGCGAUCUCAUCAUGAAUCCCUGCAAUAUAGAAAUAUAAAAUCAAAUUGUAAUUUAUAUUUUUCCUGUCAUCUAAUUUUGAGUUUUGAUUAAAAUUAAUUUAUUGGUAAUAUUA